AUGGGAGCCUAUGUUCUCCAGGAGAGAGGGAGCCUACUGGAGUUGGUUGAUCCAGACUUGGGUUCCGAAUAUUCAUCAGAAGAAGCAAUGGUGAUGUUAAAUGUGGCCCUCUUGUGUACAAAUGCGUCCCCGACUUUAAGGCCAACGAUGUCUCAAGUGGUGAGCAUGCUUGAAGGCCGAACUGACGUUCAGGACCUUCUCUCUGAUCCAGGGUUUUCAUCUACCAAUUCGAAGUUUAAGGCCAUACGAAAUCACUUCUGGCAGAAUCCAAGCCAAACUCAAAGCAUGUCAACUAAUGGUUCACAUACCGAUUCCUCAAUGUCAAACAUAGAGAGGGAAGAGAUUGGGGCCCUUUUAAGAGUUAGUUCUGUUAUUUCUGAAUAG